CGGUCGGUCGCGAACGUGGCUCUCACACGCACGAUCUGGUCCGCGGUGCAUCUUCGUUUCGCGGAUUCGGAAAAAUCGCCUCAUCGCGAUCGAAGCGUUUUUUUUCUUAUCGCGCGAAUCCGCCCGGUAUGUUCGUAAAUGACAUUAAAAUGUUUAAAAAUAGUUUGGUCAGUCUCAGGUAAUUUUAUUGGAAGGAAAUACCCAAAUUUUACCCAAGUACUAUUUUCGGGGCGCCCGUUGCCAACCCGCAAGGUGGUCCCGAAGACUAUUUUCCUCCGGAAUGCGGCCAUAUUUACGUCGUAAAAUGUUUUACGACCUUCGCCCAGGCGUUUCCGAAUAAUCACCGAUCGGAAGAAAAAAAAAAAGACCCGAAAAUAGUAAUGUGAGUUCAACGGCCAAAAUAACAAACAUGACGCGGUAACGAAACCGAAAUCAUGCGCGUGUCGACCACUAGAGUGCUGUUGUGUCUGUAUGUCUUCGUGCAAGCGGUGUCGGGUUACCAGACGACGAAAAAUGUCAACCAAAGGACUACGAACUUCUACGGGUCGUCGAAAAUGCGCCACUCGUCUAGGUUUCCCAACCUGGACAAGGUCAGGUCUCGGUUGGACACUCUGAAUGCUGAUCAGAGUUAUCCGAGGUUUAGGCACCACGGUUGGAUGCUACGCACUACGACGACUACGACUACAACGCAGUCGCCGUUAUUCGACGUCUACGGCGACCUGGAAGGCAACGAGGAUGACGGAGAGGAGUUCGGACUGUACGACGACAAAUUCGAAGACGACGACCCGACUCACGAAACCGCCGAAGGAGACGACGAUGACGACGACGCUUUCUUCGAUAGAGUAGCAGACGUCGUCGAUUCAACAGGCUUCCAAUCGGAACAGCCCACAGAAAAAUCUCACAUAGACUCCAGACCAGUCUCGAGUCUGACCGAAUAUAAGUGGAUCCACUAUGGCACUCUGGAAAGUGUCCGGGAGUCUCGCAGGAAACAGCUGAGCUUACCAAAGUCUGGUGAAGAGAACCACGUAAGCGCGGUGGUGGAGCACUACAUUCGGGUAAAGAACGACGGGCUUUGUCAAAAACCGAUACCCAAAGUUAUUCCGGUGCAGCAGGAACACCCGAACGCGUCCAUCACGUACAUACCCCAUUGCACGGUCUUGCACAGGUGCGCAGAAGAUACCGGGUGCUGCAAACACGAUACCACGUGCCAGUACAAAGCGAGGGAAGAGAUCCGAUUGUAUUUUUAUACUAAGGCCAUCGGCUCUUCAGAUCGUACCAGAGUAGAACAAUUGACUUUCUACAAUCACACUAGCUGCGAGUGUCGAUCGACACGUCGCCCCAAGGAUCAGCAAGACUUCGAAAAAGCGAGUCCCGCUUUCAAGUCGUACGGUUCGCUCGUUCACGAGCCUGAAAACUUGGAAAUAAAAUGCAAGUGCCCGGAUGAGUUCACGCCGAAGAUGAGGCCCUACGCGAAAUGCUCCUGCGAUUGCGAUCCGACUAAUCAGGACUGCCUGCGAAUGCAAAAGGGCAAAGAGUAUAUCGGUUUGAAAGAUAGACUAUGUAUCCUCAAAAACCAAUGCGGCACCGUGCAGUGCGAGUACGGAUCUUACAUCAGGGAACGAGGCAGGUGUCCCAGAAAAGACGAAUUCUUGCGAUCUAAAAUGAAAUAAUCUUUUUCGGUCGUUUUCGACUUUGCGCGCGCUGUGAUCAUUUUUACGGAGAAGGCGUUAGAUGCAGGAGUACAAAACAUUCUUAGGGCGACGAAUCGGCAGAAAGUUUUUGGUACCAUUUUUAUGUUUUGAUAUUUUAGUAAACAUCAAAAACUUUUGUUUUAUAUAAAUCUAAUUUAACGGUCAGGAAUAAUUAUUUAAAUAGAAUUCGAAACUUCAUAGCUGGCAAUUGAAAGUGUUUUGAAACUUUCCUCAAUUGAAUAAUUUCAAAGCUAUUAUUCAUCGAAAACGUUUUUUUUUCUAUUAUUGGUAAUAAAGACUAAAAAUAAAACGGAUUGUCAAAAAUUUUUGAUAUCGACAUCUAUCUAUUGGGACAACAUUGGUAGAUUUUUGAUUUUGAAUUUUUCCAAAGUUUGAGCAAAUUGCUUUUGAAAUGGUUACAAUUCUUUAUUUGUUGACUAAUUUCAGAUUCAGUUUGUUGUCUAAACAUGGUGUUUCAAAAAUUCUUCAGCUAAUUUCUAGGGUAAAAAUAAGCAAGGGACGACCAAAAAAUAUAUAUAUUUUUAAUAUUUCUGAAUCGACAUUUAGUUGUCAAUAAAAGUUUUUAAAACUAAAAUACAAAAUUAAAAAUAUAAAAAUAAAAAGUUUGGGGAAAAGUGUGUUUAUUAACCAAACUCAUGGUAUUUUUUAAUAUUCCAUUUAUCUUAGACAUUAGCCGAAGGUAUUUUUGAAAAAUUCUGCAUACAAUUACAAACAAAAAAUACAUAUAUUUUUUAAACUUUUGCGGUAGGAAUAUAUUAAAUUAUUUUAAUAGUGAAUGAGAUAUAUAUAUAUAUAUUUUUAAUUUUUUUUAGAAAUGUAGUUCUUAGAUGCUUUACCCGAAACCUAGUCUAUUAGAUUUAUUUAGGCGAUAAUUUUUUAACGAUAAAGGGUUGUAAAAAUUGUGUAAAUGUUAUAAAAUUCUUUCAAGUU